GAUCACGAAGCACCGAAUGACAAGGAACAGGAAAGCCAGGAAGAAGUGAACAAGAAGGAAGAAGAAACUCACAAAGAAAGGAAUGAGAAGGAACAGGACAGCCAAACUUCGAGUCGCAGUUCCAGGAGCAACAGCCUAGGAGAGGACGCGGUCCCCGCACAGAGGGCUUCAGCACCAUCCCCCCGACCAUUAGGCGGCGGGAUGUCUGUGGUCGGCAUUGACCUCGGCUUUCUCAACUGCUACAUCGCAGUAGCGAGGAGUGGCGGCAUCGAAACCAUCGCCAAUGAGUACAGCGACAGGUGUACCCCAGCCUGUAUAUCUUUGGGAUCAAGAACGCGAGCCAUUGGAAAUGCAGCUAAGAGCCAGAUAGUCACGAAUGUAAGAAAUACAAUUCAUGGUUUCAAAAAGCUUCAUGGGCGAUCAUUUGAUGAUCCUGUUGUGCAGACGGAAAGGAUCAGGCUUCCCUAUGAGCUGCAGAAGAUGCCUAAUGGAAGUGCAGGAGUUAAGGUGCGAUACCUAGAAGAAGAGAGACCUUUUGCAAUCGAGCAAGUUACUGGAAUGCUGUUGGCUAAGCUUAAAGAGACUUCAGAAAAUGCUUUGAAGAAACCAGUGGCUGACUGUGUGAUUUCAAUUCCGAGCUUUUUCACUGAUGCUGAGAGAAGAUCUGUGAUGGCUGCAGCCCAGGUUGCAGGCUUAAAUUGUUUAAGGCUAAUGAAUGAAACUACUGCAGUUGCGCUGGCAUAUGGAAUUUAUAAACAGGAUCUUCCUCCGUUAGAUGAGAAACCAAGAAAUGUAAUAUUUAUUGAUAUGGGACAUUCUGCCUACCAGAUCUCAGUUUGUGCUUUUAACAAAGGAAAACUUAAAGUCUUGGCUACUACCUUUGAUCCAUAUUUGGGUGGCAGGAACUUUGAUGAGGUUUUAGUAGACUACUUUUGUGAUGAGUUCAAGACAAAAUAUAAGAUAAAUGUAAAAGAAAACUCUCGGGCCUUGUUGCGCUUACAUCAGGAAUGUGAAAAACUAAAGAAGCUAAUGAGUGCAAAUGCAUCAGACCUUCCACUGAACAUUGAGUGUUUCAUGAAUGACCUUGAUGUUUCUAGUAAAAUGAACAGGGCUCAGUUUGAACAAUUAUGUGCUUCCCUCUUAGCCAGAGUUGACCCACCGUUAAAAGCAGUAAUGGAACAAGCUAACUUACAACGUGAAGACAUAAGUAGUAUAGAAAUUGUAGGGGGAGCAACACGAAUUCCUGCUGUGAAGGAACAAAUCACUAAAUUCUUUCUUAAAGACAUAAGUACCACAUUAAAUGCUGAUGAAGCUGUUGCAAGAGGAUGUGCAUUACAGUGUGCGAUUCUCUCACCAGCAUUUAAAGUGCGUGAAUUUUCCAUAACAGACCUUGUUCCCUAUUCAAUCACGUUAAGAUGGAAGACCUCUUUUGAAGAUGGGACUGGGGAAUGUGAAGUAUUCUGUAAGAACCAUCCUGCCCCAUUCUCAAAAGUCAUUACUUUCCACAAGAAAGAACCAUUUGAACUAGAAGCAUUUUAUACUAAUUUACAUGAAGUGCCUUAUCCAGAUCCAAGAAUUGGGAGCUUCACUAUUCAGAAUGUUUUCCCACAGUCUGAUGGUGAUAGUUCCAAAGUUAAGGUUAAAGUUCGUAUUAACAUCCAUGGAAUCUUCAGUGUGGCUAGUGCAUCAGUAAUUGAGAAGCAGAAUAUAGAAGGGGAUCACAGUGAUGUUCCUAUGGAGACAGAAACUUCUGUUAAGAAUGAAAGCAAGGAUGAUGUGGAUAAAAUGCAGGUUGACCAGGAAGAAGAGGGUCAUCAAAAAUGUCAUGCUGAACACACUCCAGAAGAAGAAAUUGAUCAUACAGGAACCAAAACAAAGUCUGUACCCUCAGAUAAUCAAGAGCGAUUAAACCAGACCAUUAAAAAAGGAAGAGUCAAGAGUAUUGAUCUACCUAUCCAGAGUAGCCUGUGUAGGCAAUUGGGCCAAGAUCUUCUCAACAUCUACAUUGAAAAUGAGGGGAAGAUGAUAAUGCAGGAUAAAUUAGAGAAAGAAAGAAAUGAUGCGAAGAAUGCUGUUGAAGAAUAUGUAUAUGAUUUUAGGGACAAGCUUGGCACUGUCUAUGAAAAAUUCAUCACACAAGAAGACUUGAGAAAACUGUCUGCAAUAUUGGAGGACACAGAAAAUUGGCUUUAUGAAGAAGGAGAGGACCAAGCUAAACAUAUUUAUGUGGAUAAGCUUCAAGAACUAAAGAAAUAUGGCCAGCCUAUUCAAAUUAGGUACGUGGAACAUGAAGAGAGACCAAAAGCUUUAAACGACUUGGGAAAAAAGAUCCAACUUGUCAUGAAAGUUAUAGAAGCAUACAGAAACAAGGAUGAAAGAUACGAUCAUUUGGAUCCUGCUGAAAUGGAAAAAGUUGAAAAAUAUAUCAGUGAAGCCAUGAGUUGGCUGAACAGUAAGAUGAAUGCACAGAACAAACUAAGUCUCACUCAAGAUACUGUGGUGAAAGUUUCAGAAAUAGUCGCAAAGUCAAAGGAACUGGAUCAUUUCUGUAACCCCAUCAUUUAUAAGCCCAAACCGAAAGUAGAGGUUGCUGAAGACAAGGCAAAAGCUAAUAGUGAACACAACGGACCAGUGGAUGGACAGAGUGGGACUGAAACUAAACCAGAUACAACAAAAGACAGCACACAGCAUACUAAAUCUUCUGGAGAGAUGGAAGUGGACUAAGUCUUAAUUUUACCUUCACAUAAUUCAAACAGUACAAGUAACCACAGGGUCCAUUCUUCUUCUUUUACAUCUGGUACACACAACAGAUGUUUAGUUGUUCUUAACCACUUUUUGUCAUUUGUUUUUUGGAGUAGUUUUGAAAAGUGUUUUAUAUUGAGUGCACCUCUGUUCAUUUCCAUUGCUGCUUAAUGUGAAGCUUUAGCUGAAUAUACAUUAACAAGUCAGUUUAAGCUUUCCUAAUAUAUUUUAUGUCAAACAUGCAAGAUUGAUAAGUAGUUGGCAACCUUAUUUAAAGCUUCUCCUUGGAUAAACCUCAGCUCCUUUAUUCAGGAAAGGAUACUGUAUUGUGCUACUGCUGCAGAAGCAUAGAUUUAAUUGCAUCAUUAUUUUGAAAAACAAAUAUUGAAAUUGAUGUGGUUUAAAGCCACCAAGUCACUGACCUUUUUCUAGUUAUGGUAUUGUUAUAAUUUAAAUAUUAAAACAAAUAAGAGGUUCCUUGACAAAUUAGUCCAUCUUGUUGGUGUGUCAUAAGAACUUCAAAACUUUGUUUUCAUCAUAUAAAUGAACUAAAUCACACACUGAAAGGGAAAACGCACAAUUUUAUGUUAAGGUUACACCAGCAGUUAGCUUCUUUUCAUUAGUCAUGUGGAUUGAUGUUUCUCAGAGUAAUUCAGUGUCUUUAGCACUUGAAACUUCUGAUCUACUUGUCCUGAAGACCAGCUUCUGCUAAAGUAAUGCUGGCCCAAAAAUGAUGAAGCAUUUUUGAUGAAAAUACCUUCAUGUUAAGGGGGAAAUGCUGUUGACCUACUCAGACAUGCAUCUGUGAUGUUGAUAACCUUGUUUUAGUUUUAACAGUUGUUUUGGUCUUCGGAGAAACGGCACAAUGUGUAUUGCAUUAUAUACAUUUAUCACUGAUUUACUUAAUGUUAACAUAUAAACACUAAAUAAGCAGUAAUACUUGAAAAGAAGCACUUAUACCAUAGGUCUUAGGAAAUACUGCUUGUAAUAAACUUAACUGUGUUACAUAUCAACAGGCAAAAUAUAGAAUGUUACAUAGUGUAAUAUGAUAUGAUGUGAUUAAAUUAUAGUUCCUGCUGUUACGUUACCUGUUCAGACCUUGGCUCCAGUUUUGGUGCUUCGUAUAUAAAUUAUAUGGGUUGAGGGGCUGUGAAAUUAA